CAUCACAAAUAUUGAUCUAGUGAGACAGAAAGAGCGAGAGAGAGAGAGAGAGAGAAAGAAGAUAACUACUAGGCAUGUGCAUAAUUAUGUAGAAAAAGAUUUAUUUACACCUCUGUCAACGAUCAAUUUGCGCAGCGAUAGAUCAUGCCAUUGCGUUUGUAGAGAACAAAGGGAUCGCAAUAAUUUGUUGUUUUGCAAAUUCUUCGAAGAGAUUUUGAGUAUCAUGGAACGAGAAAAAAACGAGAGGUUAACCACGGAGGAAAAGCUCGAGGAGGAGAAAAUGAAGCAGGAACUCACGGACAUUGGAAUAUAUGAAGAAGGAAUUACAUAUGGACAAAUGAAACAGAUAAUUGGAUUUAUCAAUGAGUCUAAGGAUACAUCAAAUGCUGGUUCGAAUAUUAAAAAUACUCAGAAGGGUACACAACAUUCUAACAAUGAGUGCCUACUGGAAACUAAUAAGUCUGACACAAACGCAGCACAAGAAGAUUCACAAGAUGGAGAACUACCCAGACCAACCUUCUCAUACAGAACUUCCUCAACCAUAUCGGAACGUAAAAACGUUCGUCGCUCCAACAGUCCGGAAUCCCCCAGUUUUGAGAUACAGAAUCCUACAUACAAAUGCAAGAACUCGGAUGACGAUGGGACACAAUCUGAGAAACAACAAGAGAGCACCAAUUCGACCCACAGUACAAAACGACUUCUCUCACUGAGAUCUGGAAACAUAUUGCGGGAAUGUCAGAAUACCGUGGAGAAGAACGCGGAUGUACAAGGCGAAGUUGUUCAGAAGCUAGAAAGGUGGCAGCUAAAUCCGCUCGAUGUCUGUGACAACGAAAACGAUGUGCCUUUGCGACAGCCAAAUCGGCCUUUGGCUCGAGAACGUGCACCGUUCGAGUAUUGCAAAGCUGUAACGAUCGACGAAUGCGAACAAUUAGCACGGACUUUGAGUCAGCAUCUCAAGGAAAUGGCAGACUUAUGGUACAGUUGGCGUCCCUCUUCCAAUUCGGUAUUUCAAUGGGGGUCACCCAUCCAGGUCGGCACUGCUAACAAUAGUUCGGAUAGAACAUCAUUAACAGACUCUAAGACUGAACAAGUCAAAGCAGAAUACGUGUACAAAGAUAGUCACGAGCGAGUUAGUAAACGUAAAGCGAAUUUUCUCAUAAGAGAAUAUUCCGAUCAAAUUGAAGAAACCGACGACGAAGAAGACAAGCAGCAGCACGGCUCUGCUCGUGUUAAGAAAAAGAGGCAGUCCAAUAGUAAGUCGAGUAACGUGGAUCGUGCCGCGAGUCAGCUCGCCAGUCACGAAAAACCAAUGUCGAAUACGAUCGCUCAUUCCCUCACCGAUAAUAAUAACGAAACAGAGUCAAGCGUUGAACAUAAAAAAUCUCUAGGCUCUAAGAGAAAACUCGACGAACAAGAUGAGAGAGUGUCGCCCGAGUUGGUUACGUAUCCGAGAAGGAUAGUGCCUCCUAAUCCCAAAGGACGUUUAAGUUUGUCUAGGCUAAGAAAAGGAAACGCCGCCGCGUCGAAGCCGUCUUUGAAGACGCAAGGCGUCGACAAAGGUGCUGAGAAAACAAAAAGUCGGAGUAAAAAUACCUCAAUAACGGACGAAGAAAUUCGUCAGGAACUGUUGGAAGACUGGCAUAGCGACAAAGAGGACGACGCAACGGAAAAGAACGUGGUGAUUCGACCGCUGCCGCUAUCUAAAGAAGUGCGAGAAAAACUAUUGUCAUCAGAAACGAUUAAACAAACGAAAACGGUGACAAGUGAAGGUAGCGACUGGGAACGGAACAGAGAAAAGAAGCUGAAGCUUGAUGAGGAACAAAAGAAGCAAAACUCUGGCGAAAAGGUAGAGGAGAAUGGAAACGCAAGCUGGGAGCAUCAGUUACUGUUAUCGGACGAUGAUGAUAACCUGUUCGAAGUAAAACGAGAGUCUGAUGUGCGAAAUAAAAAUCAGACUGAUAAAGUAUCUUCUUCGACGAGCGAUGAUAAAGUAAAUUGUCCAAUAUGCAACAAGUUGUUUUUGCGAAACGAGAUAGAAGAUCAUGCUGCUGAUUGCGAUCAAUUCGAAAUAAGUGGCGAUGAGAGUGAUGCGAAAAAUUUGUUCGAAUGCGCCAUAUGUAACAAGUACAAAACAAACAACGGAAUGGAAUACGAAAACCACGUUCGACAGUGCAUAAACGAGAAGAAAGAUAAAAAGCUCUCACACGAAUAUGAGGAAACCGCAUCUACUUCCUUUCGUACCUUCAAACCAAUCAGUGAACUGAAAGAUUCCGAGAUAGAUUAUUUAAAUCAAUUUUCGUCUAAUAAUAAUAAACAAACAAAUACCAAUAGAAAAAGAAAACUACCCCCCGUGUCCCGGCGGGAUCUCGGCGAUUCCGUGCAGAGCGAAAGAACGGCGAUGCGUUAUAACGCGCGCCGUAGUGCGAGACCCGCCGUCAGUCGCGGACGACUCUGUGCAGACGGAAAAUCCAAAGCGCGACACGCGGCUCUCCAAUUUACUAACAAUAAGUGUUUGCGACUAUUGAGACUAGACGAUUGUAAAUUGUUACUAGGUCACCACAAUCGUCGUACGCAUUUCGCAGCCAAAAUGAAGCUUUUCUUUUUGACAUUGUGUAUCUUAAUUUUUACUAAUGUAUAUUGUGACAAACUAAGUUUGAAUGGCAUCUGGAGAGGGAGUAUUAAUAUCUGUGAUAAAAACUUAUCUCGAAGAUGCGAUAAGGAUGUCAGCUUUGAUGCGACUGUUCCUGGCGGGAUUUACACAGAUUUGUACAGAAAUGGCGUAAUAGAAAACAAUCUGUUGGGAAACAACGAUGUCAACAAUCGUUGGGUCGGGAAUCAAUCCGUCAUUUACACAAAAAAUUUCAACGUGAGCGGUGAUUUUUUGAGCGCUCGCAAGAUAGUUUUGAUUUUCCACGGAAUUGACACAUUCGCCAAUGUCUCUUUGAACGAUCGCGCUGUCGGGGAGACUUCGAACAUGUUUCUGAGAUACACUUUCGACGUGACGGAUCACAUAAAAGAAGGGCCGAAUCUGCUGCAAGUUGCGUUACGUUCGGCUGUUAAAGUUGCCGAGGAUUUGUACAACGAACAAAAGACGAAUUACGUUGUUCCACCUGUGUGCGUGCCCAAGGAAUACAACGGGCAGUGUCACGUUAAUCAUAUUCGCAAAAUGCAAGCGAGCUUCGCGUGGGAUUGGGGUCCCGCUUUUCCCUCGCUCGGCAUUUGGCGAGACGUCGAAUUGAUUUCCGUAAACGACGUAUUGAUCAGUGACGUUACAACCGAUAUACGUAAAGAAGCUGACAACUGGAACGUUCUCGUUACGUUGUUUCUGAAAGUAACGCGAAACGAGAACGAAGAAAAUCGAAGAUUCAAUUGUCAGGUGACGUUAGAAGACGCGGGAACCGCAAUUGUCACCAACGUCAGUUCGUUCGUGCUCGACACAAGUGAACAGCGCAAAAAAGUAAACUUCUCGCUCGUUGUGCCUGCGGACGCUGUUGAAAGUUGGUGGCCGAACGGUUACGGCGAUCAACGUCUGUACGAUUUAAAUCUUUGCGUAACAACCGCGAACGAUCGCGAAUCCAGAGCGUACCGCGUGGGCUUCAGAACGGUGGAGCUGGUGGAAGAGCCCAUGGAGAAGGGACUGAGUUUCUAUUUUCGUGUAAACGGCGUGCCGAUCUUCGCCAAAGGCAGCAACUUCAUACCAGCCAGCGUCUUCCCCGAACUAGGCGCUAAGGAGGACACGAUCAGGCACUUGCUGUUGUCGGCCAAAGAGACGCACAUGAACAUGCUGAGGGUGUGGGGUGGCGGGGUGUACGAAUCCAAAUUGUUCUACGAUCUCGCCGACGAGUACGGGAUCAUGAUCUGGCAGGAUUUCAUGUUCGCGUGCGCCAUGUAUCCCACGAGCGAUUCCUUCUUGAAGAGCGUGAGAGAGGAAGUGACGCAGAACGUCAUACGUUUGAAGAACCAUCCGAGCAUCGUGUUAUGGGCCGGCAAUAACGAGAACGAGGCGGCGCUCUACGGAAAUUGGUACGGCACCGGUUCCGCUCAGGUCUACAGAGAAGAUUACGUCAAGCUUUACGUAGAUCUGCUGAAGAGAGAAGUGGAAGAACUGGAUCCCGUAAGACCGUUCGUUGUAUCUAGUCCGGGCAACGGAGCGUACGAGGAAACGUACAAUUACACCGGCGUAGAUCCCUAUUCUAAUUUUUACGGCGACAUUCAUUAUUACAACUAUCUCAGAAACGGAUGGGACAUCACUAUAUACUGGCGGCCGAGAUUUUGCUCCGAGUACGGGUUUCAAUCUUGGCCGUCGAUGUACACACUGGCGAGCGCCGUGGAAACUCUCAAGGAUUUUCACAUGAACAGCGACUUCGUCAAGCAUCGGCAACAUUUGCCAUUCGGCAAUCAAUACCUGCGGUUGAUGAUCUCGCACAACUUUGUUAUACCGCAAAGUAACAACAGCGUGCGAGAUUUCAAGAACUUGGUGUAUCUCAGCCAGAUCAAUCAAGCUGUUUCCGUAAAGAUAGAAACCGAAAAUUUCAGGCAAGCCAAAUCCGACGUGAAUUCCGUGGGCGAGGGUAUGACAAUGGGAGCCCUUUAUUGGCAACUGAACGACGUCUGGCAAGCCCCUUCGUGGUCCUCCAUAGACUUCGACGGUCGCUGGAAGAUGCUCCAUUACUACGCCAAGGAAUUUUUUGCACCCGUUAUCGUUACGUCAUAUUUAUCUCUUUCCAAUGAAAUUUCGAUACAUAUUGUAUCCGACCGAUUGCACACGUUAAGAAAUUGUUCGGUGAAACUUCGCGUUUACAACUGGAGAUCCAUAACGCCCAUAUUCACAAUGUCCUUUGACGAUAUUACAAUAGAAUCAAACAAAGCCAUGAAAAUCACAUCCUUCUGGUUGAACGCGUAUCUAGCGCAACUUGGUUGCGGAUCAUUGAAAUCUGCGAAAACAUCCUGCGUGGCCAGUCUAUCUCUCACGGACGAAACUGGAUCUCUAAUCGCGCCGGUCAAUUACAUAUAUCCCGACGCGUUGAAAGAUGCAAAUGUACCAACAGCCAAUGUCACUAUGCGAGUCGAGAAGAAACACUUACCCGGAAAACUGUCCAACUAUCCGGACUUCAAGCUUACAUUAUCAACAGAUAACAUAGCGCUGUUCGUGUGGUUAGAAGUGGGCAAUAUACGCGGUCGCUUUUCCGAAAAUGGUUUCCAUAUGUUUGAAAGCGAGAAAGAAAUUGUUUUCUAUUCGCAGGAAGCAACAACGGCCGAAUUGUUGCGACAAAAUAUAGUGCUCACCACGUUGUCCGACGUUUACAUCGACAGUUCUUUCGAUAAUACUUAUUUUGCACAAAAGAACUGAUACGUAUCAGUUGUACGUAAAACAUCUCUAAAAUUGUUUACAAUUAAGAAGCAACGUUACACACACCAAGUUUUUUCGAAUUCAACUUAUUUAAUCUUUAACUUUUGUACCCUUUAGACCGUGCUUGACGAAAAGUAACUAUCGUAGUGCAAAUAAAUUUCGUAUCCGAUUAGAAUAAUGAGCACAAUUACAGUUCCACUAAUUAUCACGGUUAUCAUGUUACGUACAUUUGAUUAUCGGACAUUUGUGUGUCGCGUUGUCGAAAACAAUGCCUCGAUCGCUCUCAAUGCGAUCGUUACGGACUGUGCAAUUUAAAACAUAAUACGGAAAAUAUUGAAAAAAUUUAUUAUAAUCUUUGGUUACACGGUUAGACUUAAAAAAUAAUAUAUACGCGUAAAACAUUAAAGUCUUGAAGUCAGAAUCACAUGUUGUUAACAUAUGUUUUGUUUACACGCAACAAAAAAAAGUAAAUUCAAUAUAUCAGAAACAAAACAUUAACAUAUUUGUAAAUAU